CGACGAGUCACCCGUGACUGAUUUCACUGACCUUCCUUGAAUUCCAUACUACCGUUGAGAUUGUGGUCCAGGGCCGCGUCGGCGCUCUACUUGCCUGUUAUCCGUUCGGCAACCUACUGAACAGUUAAGCGCCUUGUACAGUCGCCAUCAUGGGGGAUGUGGAUUAUUCUAAGAUAUAUUCUGCUACAUAUAGCAAUGUUCCAGUAUAUGAAUACAAGCUCGAAACCGACAGUGUUAUGCGAAGGCGGAGUGAUGAUUGGAUAAAUGCGACACAUAUACUCAAAGCUGCCGGAUUCGACAAACCAGCAAGAACACGCAUUCUCGAGCGCGAGGUCCAAAAAGGAGUUCACGAAAAAGUACAGGGUGGUUAUGGAAAAUACCAAGGAACAUGGAUUCCGCUCCCCGAAGGCCGUCAGCUCGCGGAGCGUAACAACAUAAUUGACAAAUUAAGACCUAUCAUCGAAUAUGUAGCAGGGGACCGCAGCCCUCCACCAGCGCCAAAACAUUCAACCGCAUCGAAACCCAGAGCCCCGAAGAAUACCGCGAACGCCCGGAAGACAGCGAAUGCGAAUGCGAAUGCGAAUGCGAAUGAAGAUGUCUUCAGCGCCGUCAAGCAACACCACCCCAUGGGGCCACCGAGCUUCCCCCACGAGCAAUACGAGAUGAGCACCGGUAUGGAAGAGGAUGAAUCGAUUGAGCAGGCUACCCUCGAAUCAUCGUCAAUGGUGGCAGACGAAGAAAUGAUGCCAAUGUCCCAGCAUGGUGGAGCAUACUCGCGGAAGCGGAAGCGCGGAAUCAAUGAAGUUGCAGCAAUGUCGCUCAGUGAACAGGAGCAUAUCCUCUAUGGAGAUCAGCUUCUCGACUAUUUCAUGACCGUUGGAGAUGCCCCAGAAGCCACUCGGAUUCCUCCGCCGGAACCGCCGGCCAACUUCCAAGUGGACCGUCCUAUUGACGAUUCGGGGAAUACCGCACUACAUUGGGCGUGUGCAAUGGGUGACUUGGAGAUUGUGAGGGAUUUGCUACAUAGAGGUGCUGAUGUCAAAGCACUGUCUGUCCAUGAGGAAACGCCACUUGUGCGCGCAGUCCUUUUUACAAACAACUACGAAAAGAGAACGUUCCCGACACUCUUGGAUUUACUUUUCGAUACGGUUUCUUUCCGAGAUUGGUUUGGUGCGACAAUCUUCCACCACAUAUCCGAAACCACCAGAAGCAAGGGAAAGUGGAAGAGUUCACGGUAUUACUGCGAGAUUCUGUUGGACAAGCUGCGCCAAAUGUGCUCCCAAGAUGAAUUAGACCUGCUUCUAUCAUGUCAAGACUCGAAUGGCGAUGUGGCAGCCUUGGUGGCAGCCCGAAACGGAGCUUUUCGUCUGGUGAAUUUACUCCUAACAUGUUGCCCACGUGCAUCGGAUUUGGUGAACGAGAAGGGCGAAACGGCCACGAGCAUUAGCCAACGGGCACAACAUGCCGAAAGCGAUAUUCCACCAGCUCCGUCGUCAAUUACGAUGGGUAAUGACCACAUUGAUGGGGAAGUCACUGGGCCGGUCAACACUGAUGCACAGGUUGAUGAUCCGCCACCAGAUCCGUCCGCAGCGACAUCUGACCUAAUUUCGAAGAUUGGAGUGAUCAUGGCAGAGGCUAGCAAAAAGCUUUCUACGAGCUACGGGAACACCAAACCAAACCAGCAAGAUUCAGAUGACAUUGCGAAUCCCGAGACCUUGUACGAGCAAUUGGAGCAGGAUCGACAGAAGAUCCAAAGGCAAUCAGCAGCGCUAGCGGCCAAGGAAGCAGAACACGGAUCUGUUGAUGCACAACUUGGGCGAUAUGAUCAACUAAAGCGCAACUACGAGUCGCUUCUAGAACAGGUCCAACAAUCACGUCUCCUCGAACGAGCACCUGCGUUGGAGGACAACAAGCCUCCAUCGACCAGAGACCAUAACGAACUCAUGACGACCUACUAUCUAUCCCGACAACUCUGCUCAGCACAAAAGGUGCGUCGGACCGCGCUAAAAGAUCUCGCGCAACAGACCGCAGAUGCUGGAGUGAGCACGAAGUUUGACGUUCAUCGCAAGCUGGUAGCACUUGCGACCGGGUUGAAAGAGGAUGAAUUAGAUCCGAUGGCUGCUGAGUUGGCUGAGACUUUGGAAUUUGAUCGUAUGGAUGGCAAGGGCUCUGGUGCGCAGUCUCCCGAACCCCAACGGCAACAAGCACAGAAUAAGGAGCCUGCGUCACUUCCUUUCCCUGGGCCGGUACCUGUUGAUGCUUGAGGUACUUCCUUUUCCUUCUCUUUUCUCUAUUUGUAUUUCAUACCUGCUAUAUGUUUUUCUAUGAUUGCAUUUCGUCAUCUUGUCUAUUUCAUCCUGGUUGAAAGAUCCUGCCAAGCAGAUACCCCGUCUUUUGUCUAUUUUAUUUCUCGUGUUAUUACAUCUGACAAGGCCUAGACCGCGUGAACUGGGCUGUACAUAUUACAUAGAAUAAAUGGUGCACAUUUAUCUGUGAAAUAUGAGCAUGACUCGUACC